GAAAAGACAACAAAAACCGACCUUUGAAUCUGGUUUCGUCCCUACAAGAGAAUACAAUACAAAACCAGAGAUUAAAUACCAUACCAUACCAGUUGAACAAAAAUACCAAUUCAAACACUCACACACACCAAAAUCUUUCUAUCUUUCUAUCUAAAUUUCUUUGGCUAUUUUGAUUUUUGCAAUCCAUUAAUUAAAAUUACUCAAAAAAAACAUAAAUAUAUUACAAAUAUCAUCAACUACAAGAACAAGAAGAACAAGAGUGGAUUUUGUUAUGUAAAUGCAUCAGAAGAAAUCCGAAACUCAGAUCAGCAAAGAAAGCAGAGGCAUUUCUUCCGAUUUCAACCCAACCCCACUUCUUCUUUUCUCUUCUAAACCUCAAAAGCACAUCCGAACCCAUUACCAAACUCAACAAAUUUCUCCAUACUUGCUUUCCAAGCAAACCCAUCACUCUAAAUCACCAAACCCACCAUCAAAGCUCAUCACAACCCACCAUAACCAUAACCAUAACCAUACCCCUUCUCAUCUUCUUCAUGAACAACCCAUCUCACGAAACCCAACAACAAGGCCUAUGAUGGCGGCCCAGACUCCUUCUUCUUCUUCUUCUUCUUCGCCUUUCUGUUUAUGCUGUUCAUCGUUUGGGGUAAUUCCUUUCGCUACAAGAUCACUGGCUUUGAGAAUCGUUCGCCAUUUCCGUUGUGCCCAAUUGCUUCGAUUACACUUUCGCUUGCUUAUACUCCUUUCUUUGCCUUCACUUUACUUCAUCAUUUCCAAUCCUCGCCGCUCUUUCCUCCUCGAUUUUAUUUUCCUCCUUGCUUUGUCUGCUGCCCUUUUCGUUUCUCUAAAUCUUGCUCUCCCGCGUCUUCUCUCGAUUCGAUUGUUCCUCACUCGCUCUUUAUUGCCAACAAAGUCAUUUCCGCCUUCUUGUGGCUCAAACCCACCUCAACCGGUUCUAUGGUCAAUUGGGUCGAAACCCAAAUCGGAGAAGAGGAUAAAUUCAGGAUCUUGGGUCAAAGUAUACACUAAUGGUGAUGUUUACGAAGGUGAGUUUCAUAAGGGUAAAUGCUCUGGUAGUGGGGUUUACUAUUACAACUUGAGUGGGAGAUAUGAAGGGGAUUGGAUUGAUGAGAAGUAUGAUGGUUAUGGAGUUGAGACUUGGGCUAAAGGUAGUCGUUAUAGGGGUCAGUAUAGGCAAGGUUUAAGGCAUGGAAUUGGGGUUUAUAGAUUCUACACAGGAGAUGUUUAUGCUGGAGAAUGGUCUAAUGGGCAGUGUCAUGGCUGUGGAGUUCAUACUUGUGAGGACGGUAGUAAAUACAUCGGGGAAUUCAAGUGGGGUGUAAAGCAUGGACUUGGUCAUUAUCAUUUCAGAAAUGGGGAUACAUAUGCUGGUGAAUAUUUUGCAGACAAAAUGCAUGGUUUUGGAGUGUACCAAUUCGCAAAUGGGCAUCGGUAUGAAGGUGCCUGGCAUGAAGGCCGAAGGCAGGGCCUUGGUAUGUACACAUUCAGAAACGGUGAAAAACAAUCUGGCCAUUGGCAAAAUGGAUUUCUUGAUGUUACUAGCAUUCAAAAUACACAUCCCGACUCUCCUCGAACCAUCAGUCACGCCAGGGUUCUCAAUGCAGUGCAGGAAGCACAGCGAGCAGCUGAGAGGGCGCAGAACGUUGCAAAAAUUGAUGAGAGAGUGAGCAGAGCAGUAGCUGCAGCUAAUAGAGCUGCAAAUGCAGCGAGAGUCGCAGCUGUAAAAGCCGUCCAAAACCAAAUGUACUAUGAUAACGGAGAAGACUCGCCAUCCCCAUUUGUCUAAUUUGAAAUCCCCACUCAGAACAGGGUGCCUUUGCUGGAUCAUUUUGUACUUCAGCAUACAAGGCAGUGGAAAGCUCAUAGGAAAGCCACAUUAAUGGUUUCUUUUGUCUUUUUUUUUUUUUUACUUAAUUUUAAAAUGUGGAGCGACCUGCUUGGAACCCCAAUGUUGGUCAUUUAUUUUGGAUGACUUGUUGAGGAGCAGGUGGGUUUCUCUCUGUUUUGUUUCAUUUUGACAUGAAAUCAACAAUAUAUAUGUACAUAUAGUAUCAUGAGCCAAAGUUUGAAGUUAAGAGCUAAGUUUGCACCAAGUGCCUUUUCAUGUAAAUGUUCAUGUUCUUGAGAGAUAAUACGGUGCGUUUAAGUGGGUUUGAGGAGGGUAAGGAUGAAAGACUUAUCUAAAUCUAAUGCCUUUCCUUUCCUCUCUUUCCCUUCUAACUGUAUAGAAGUGUGUAUAUAUAGACAUUAUCUUGAAGAAUAUGCUUGUAGUGUUUAAUCAUUUAAUCCCAGUUGGAUAUUUUAUUAG